AGAGCAGGACAAGGCUCCAGCCCUUCUGGUUUUCAUAACAGUAGCCACCUCCAGUAGGGUUGAGGCAUGGGAGGAGCUUGCCCAAACUCAAAUAAACACUGACAUGCAGCAUCUUACGAGGAUUUGCAGCCUCCACAGGACACACUGCAACAGCUAGAAGGACAAGGACAGCUGAAACUCUCUGGCAAGAUGAUCAAGUCCUUCAAGCAAACAUUUCUGUCCCUGGACCUGCAGUCCCCUCGCUGGAGCUCAGCAGAGGCAAUGGCAAAGGACUAUGAACUGCGCCAGUAUGAGACAGCAAAGUGGGUCAGCACGGUCAUUAGGGGAGAAACCCAGAAGGAAGCAAUGCGCCAGGGCUUCUGGAAACUCUUCCACUACAUCCAGGGAAAGAACGAAAAAGAAAUGAAGAUUGAUAUGACUGUGCCAGUGACCUGCCUGGUAAAAUCAGGCUGUACAGACUUCAAGAUCUCUUUCUUUGUGCCAUUUGAACACCAGGACUGCCCCCCACAGCCCACAGACUCCAGUGUGUUCAUUGAGGAACGGAAGGCAGCAGCUCUCUUUGUCCGGUCCUUCGGUGGCUUUGCCUCCCCAGAGAAAUAUGCUGAGGAAGCUGAUGCUUUGGCCAGAACCUUAAGAAACAGAGGCCAACCAUUCCAUGAAGACUUCUUUUAUACUGCAGGCUACGACAGUCCCUUCAAGCUCUUUAACAGGCACAACGAAGUGUGGUAUUUCAAAAAGUAACAUGAUGGGAGAAUUGAAAGAGGCUACUAAUCAGCUCUGGAUGAAAACAGACCAUAUUACUGGCUUUUGUUUUAGUGCAGAAGAGGUUUAAUUCAAAUGUGGCCACCAUGUUUAACCUACUCUUACUGAAAGGUUCUAAGCAACACUAAUAAUCUGAAAAUAAUCCUGCUGAAGUCAUGUAGUUUUACUUCUCAUCAGAAGUGCUACAGCACUAGUUGAAGUCUUAUGGAAAAGGAGUUCUUCAUAACUGAGUUUCAUAAGCUGAUUUUCUCCAUAUUGACAUCAACUCUCAGAGCAGAGAAGAAUUUAAGUGAUUUUUUCAGAGAAGUAAGUUUCCAUUAAGGAGCAUUAGAAAGCAGAAAUAUCUUCGCAGGCCUUAGUAAUUUAAACAGUAACUGCUGUUCUCCCACCUUCCCAACUGAAUGUUUUUCCCUCAUGAAAGCCAAAUGUGUUGUUUAAAUCCAGAACCCUUUGAAAAGGGCUACCAAGUCCCAGGUGUACACUUGUUCUGAUCUGCACCUGAACACUUAAUUACAGGAUUACUGGUGGACUAUUAUUUUAGCAGCAAAUAUACAAGUAGCAAAGUUUAGCUCUCACCUUAAAUACUUGAAAUACUCUUUAAGUUAUUUAUAUGUCUAAAUAUGGUCACCUGCAGCCUGCACACCAGCAGUAUUUGACACCUCUGUUAAGACAACCUGCAGGACUAGCAUCUAAUCUAGUUUAGUCCCUGCUCUAAAUUAAGCCUUUAAAAUCGUAAUAUAGCAGCUUGGAGGUGUUUUACAUCAAGUUGUUCCAGCCAGAAAGGAUGUCACAACACCAGGUAGAGUUUGCAGAUUUUUAUUAGAUCCAAUCAGCACCAGGCAAACAUUACCAAUGAGGUAAAAGCACACUGGCUUUUUUAAUGCCGUUCAUGCAAGUGUAACCCAUUUCUCAGCAAUCUUCCACCUAUUAAGACAGACAUAAGAAUUGUUGUAAGGCACCAAACCAGCAUAACACACUUGAUGGGAACAUCUCAGACCUUAGAAUUUCAUCUCUGUUCAGUGAGAGAGUUCAAGCUAAGGUUUUCAUCACUUGUUCCAACAAAUACAUUAUUACAGCAGUUACACUCACCUUCUCAAUUCUUCAUACACUAGUUUCAGAGUUGCCUCUUCACCUAAAAUCAAGAAAACACGGUUAGCAUAUGCAGCAGCACAACUGCUACACAUUCCACAACAGCUUUGUAACCUCAGACAUAAUAGGAACGGAAAGGGUAAUAUCACAGCAACUCAUCUGGCAGAAUCAGUUUCAUCAGUGGCUACAAAUAUUUCCACAAGUUUUUAACACAAUUUAUAUGUUGUGUGGACUUACCCAGUGAGGCUGCAGACAGCAGUCCCUCCCUGAGGAAGAGAGAAGUACUUUCAGAAUAACAGCAGCAUUAUAUGCCAAGUUUAUUUACCUGUGAAUUUCUAUCCAUCAAACUAUUUUACCUAAAAGGAAAUUGAUUUCUAGCUGGCAACUUACAGGUUUAGCUUACAACACCCGAACAGGAUACACAAAGCUUACAAACCCUAACUUAAUCAGAAAUAUUUAAUUACUAACAUAUGAAGAACCAGGGAAAGUAAAAAGCUAUUACUUUGCUUUGUGAUACCUUCUCUCCCAACAAUGUUGUGUUUCAUGAUUUUAAAUACCUAAAAUACACAUACUAUAGGUUUUCAUAAUUACUGCUAUCUUUGAAAAUGUUUAGUGUUCCACUUUGUUUGAAAACAAGUUUGUACAGCAAUCAUCUAGAACUUGAGCAAAAUUUCUGUAGAGCCAAUAUAAAGGUUAGCAGUAACAACUGCUGAGAAGUGACAGCUACAGCACAAGACUUUUUUUAAUUCCAGAAACUCUUUAUGGCACUCCAGAGUGCCAUGUUACAGCAGUGCCCACAGAACACAGCCAGAUACAAUAAAGGGAAGACAAAUCAGGUAUCAUAUUACAGGACUAAUUUUAGGCACCACUACUUAAGCAUUCAGCACAAAGACAAUAUUCCAGGAAUUAUUAAACCCCAUAUACUCUACACUUACCUCAGACACAUCCAUCUGGUUUCUUGAACUCCAUGCAAACUUCACCCUGUAAAGAAGUGAAAUUGUACUAACACACUUUGGGCAGUGGUUUGAGAGUGUGAAUGUGGGUACUGUUUCAGCACAAGAGUUCUCCUCAGCCUCUUUCAGAGAGAUUCCCAUUGCUCAGAAUUCAUCACAAACAGUACAUUCACAAGAACAGCCUAAUGUUGUAUCUCCUGUUUGUCCUUUAAAGGGGGAUCUGACUUCAGAAUUUCAGCCCUUACUCUCAACCACAUCCUCAUUCACAUCACCCUAAGAGCUCUGAUCUAACCAUCGAGAUUAACAAUUUACCACACAAGCAUUCAAGAUCAGUGCUACUUCCUAAAAGAGCCCACUAAAUUUCAACAGCAAGAAGUUUUAACAGCAGGUAAUUAUACUGCAUUUGCUCAGCCUAGAAUGUGUGGCAACCUGGUAGCAGAGUUUUCCUUAUUAAGUAGGAAUUCAAGUAGCCCAUAGCAAUUAUACAUUUAAAAUGGUCACCACUUUUUUCUUUUUCUUUUCUUUUUUGGUCACAGAAAGCAGGUAAUUCCAAGUUUGAGAUAUGCAGCACCUUGGGAGAGUGAAUCCCUACAGGCUGCUGGCAAAUCUGUGGGCUUUUUACCCGGAAAAGGCGAUAAAAUCACCAAGAGCCCUGUUUAAUGCUGCACUGUAAAGGCCAGAAUCCAGUAAGCUCCUCAUUCCCUGUAUCACACAGUACUGGGCAGUCCCUGAUGUGUUAACAACUUACUUUUGCUGGAGCACUACCAGGUGCAUCACUUCCAGCUCCAUCACACCUGGAUCAAGGCAAACCAUUAAUUAGGACAGUACAGAAACAAGCAAAGGAGUAAGAAAGUAAGUCAGGUGCCUGCAGUCAGAUAGAGCUAAUUACAGACCUCCAUGAUUGAAGUCAAGGCAGUCACAUCUCAUCACACAGGCAGCUCACACUGUGCAGCCCUGCUACGGGCAGGAGGGCAAACACUUCAAUGGUUUCAGCAGAGCAAAUUCAAGAGCUCACAGUGACAAGUUUAGCGCACAUCAGCCUGCAAAGACUGGGCUCCGGCCAGCAGUGCCCCUUUAAAACAUCCUCCUGUUUUGGCUGAGAUGCAAGCCACAGCCUAUGAGCCCCUUGCCCCUUUCCCCCUAGCUGACAAGCAGUUAAAAUACUUUACUUAUGGGCCUGUGUUGAAAUCCCAAUACUUAGGAAGUUAAAACAAGUACUUACCUCACAAUGAGAAACAUCUGGAAGCCUGCAAAGAGAAAUUUGCUAUUAAGCAGGGUCCAGCAGGAAGUUACAGCUUUAAAAACAACUUAAGUAAAAUACUGUAUCAGAGUUUGAUCAAGUUUUAUCCUCAUGGAGAUCGGAGACCUGAUUCAACAUCAUUUACAGUAUGCUGCAACAUUCCCAUCCCCCUCUGAAGGCAGGUUGUAAAGCCAUUUCCCAGCACUCUUCAACACUGAGAUGCUCAUUCCUGAACUCCAGAGUGGGCUGAAAUUGCACAAAGGAAGAAACCUUCCAAUUGCAGAGUUCAGUGACAUGAGCUUUGUGUAACCAAGCUGUGCGUAUUAUGGAAAACCAUUUUGGGACACUAAAUUCACAGUAAUGUGGCAUUCAUCAUUUAGUUUUAACAGGAAGAUUCUAGAGUUCAUUAGCAUCACAAUUAUUGUAUGCUCUUACUGUGAAAUACAGAAAACUGAAGGCACACUUACAGUAUUAACCUUUGCCUCACUUUUUAAGAGCAAAAUGAAUAUGCAAGCAUCUUUAAAAGCAAACCCUCAAAUACAGCACAGAUAAAAGCAGCAUCCAUCUUAAAGUAAAGGUUUAUUAAUUACCUUUAAUUAGGAAGGUCUUGUCUUCACCAACAUCAGUAACAGGUGAAAUAGUUUCUCACACAAGAGGCAUGGGGGCUCCUCUGUCCAGGGCAAAGCAACAAAAAUACUUUUAGAACCCGGAGCACCAACACCUGAUUAACCUUAUUCUGGCAUAUUUUGUGUUUGACUUCACAAACACAUCCUACUCAUCUUUCUACUCAUCUUACUAAUUUUGGUUUUUUAUAUUAAACCCACAUACUGAUCUUCUGAGAUAGAUGUUUAAGCUCCAGGAGGCUGCAUCAGACAUGGGCGAAAGACAGUAGCUGUGAUCAUCACAGGUUAUCUGCUGAACUAUGCAGUCAUCACACAACAGCCUUUGCAAACAGCAGGGGUGAAAUCAGUUCUCAGAUGCCAGCAAUGCAGUAUUUACCUUGUAACAGCUUACAGUUCAAUCUGCCAAGUGCCUGCAACAAUAGAAAACAAAGUCAGAUCCCUGCAGCCUUUGUGCCCAAGCCCACAGCUCCUACUGGGAGAGCACAGGAGCCAGAUACAUCAGAUAGGGGCGAAGAACAGAAGUGUUCAUCAGAGGAUAUUCAGCUGAACUAUGCCAUCAUCAUUGUAUCUGCCUUGGAAUCAUAGUACCAAGCAGUCACCUCUUGUGACUGCUUUCACAAGUAAAUUUUCCCAAUUAAAAAAAGAAUAAAGUUUGAA